GGCUUUUCAAUCGGCCAUUUCGUCGGUGCAGGCCAGACAGGGCAGCGGGGAAUCUGCGGAUACUGGUUCAAUUAAAAGGCACAUAAAAAGAAAAAAAACAAAGCAACAAUGAGUGAGCAAGCUGUUUCAUUCGCCAAGGAUUUCCUGGCUGGUGGUAUUUCUGCUGCCAUCUCCAAGACAGCCGUCGCCCCCAUCGAGAGAGUGAAGCUUCUCCUUCAGGUCCAACAUGCCAGUAAGCAGAUCACGGCUGACAUGCAGUACAAGGGCAUCAUUGACUGCGUCACCCGUAUUCCCAAGGAGCAGGGAUUCCUUUCCUUCUGGAGAGGUAACCUUGCCAAUGUCAUCAGGUAUUUCCCCACCCAGGCCCUGAACUUCGCCUUCAAGGACAAGUACAAGAAGGUCUUCCUUGAUGGCGUUGACAAGCGCACCCAGUUCUGGCGGUACUUCGCCGGUAACCUGGCCUCUGGUGGUGCUGCCGGAGCAACCUCCCUAUGCUUCGUCUACCCCCUUGACUUUGCCCGUACCCGUCUGGCUGCUGAUGUCGGAAAGGCUGGAGCGGAGAGGGAGUUCACUGGUCUCGGAAACUGCUUGGUGAAAAUCUUCAGGUCCGACGGCCUGCGUGGUCUGUACCAGGGCUUCAAUGUGUCCGUGCAGGGAAUCAUCAUCUACAGGGCUGCAUAUUUUGGCAUCUAUGACACAGCCAAGGGCAUGCUCCCAGACCCCAAGAACACUCACAUCCUGGUGAGCUGGAUGAUCGCUCAGACUGUGACGGCUGUUGCUGGUCUCACAUCCUACCCCUUCGACACCGUCCGUAGACGUAUGAUGAUGCAGUCUGGACGCAAAGGCGCUGACAUCAUGUACAGCGGGACCAUUGACUGCUGGCGCAAGAUUGCACGCGACGAGGGUGGCAAGGCUUUCUUCAAGGGUGCUUGGUCCAACGUGCUCAGAGGCAUGGGUGGCGCCUUCGUGCUUGUGUUGUACGAUGAGCUGAAGAAAGUCAUCUAAAUCAUCUUGUCACACCACUGUCCAAUUCGGCUAAAUGUAAUAACUUUCCAUCUCUAUGGACUCUGCAUUCUGCCUUAUUUAUGGGAACAAAAUAUAGUGUCUCCCCACUAGCUGUGGGUGGUGACUGUAUGUUGUGCAUCUUUGAUUUUAAACGUUCCGCACCAUCUUUCCCAAUGUCAUUCCUGUUUAAAAAAAAAAUCUGAUACCUCCUGUCAUUCACUAGGUUUGUAUCAACCCAACUUGAAUAAAUUUUAUUCUGGGGAACAAACUCCACCAUUA